GAAAUGUAGCUGUAUUGAGCCGAAAAGGAGAGGUUUUUGUAUAAAGGCUAGAUUAUCUACCAUUAUGUCUCUCAUCUUUAAAAUAAUAAAUAAUAUCAUCAAGGCAAAGAUACCAUAGGAAACUCUUAAUACGCUGAUAAAAUGUCUUGUUCGCUUAUUCUCUUUGCAUCGGCAUUUGCAUUAGCCUUGGCGCAAAGCAACUAUCCAAACCAAUCCGCACCUUUCAAUCUCGUCCUGUCAAGCGAUAACAGCACCCUGAAUGGCCUUAAGCUCACCGCUUGUCACUCUGGAGCUGCCGUCGAGUCAUUCUGUCUCGACGAUACCGUAGAAGAGCCCGAGUUCCAGACAUUCUUCUUCAAUGGCUCAGCCGAAGCACCCCAGGACCCCAACUACCUGCCUUCCGGUCUGAUAACAUGGACUUUCACCGGUGGCCAGCCGCCUUUCACUGAGAGCACGGCAAUGUCACUCAUGUAUAACCCAGCUUCCAACCUCGCGUUUCCGCUCAUUUGGCCCAGCAGCGACACCGCUCAGCCUGUUUCCUUCACCGAGGAUGAGCUCUUGGCCGUGGCGGCCAACAUCGAUGAUGCGGUCUCGCCGCCGCAACCGUUUGAGAACUAUGUCACCUAUUUGACCGAUCGCUGGGCUGUGUGCACGACGUAUUGGCAGGGGUACGGAUAUGUUGCGCUUCAGUAUGUCCUAGGAAAGGAAGAGCCGCAGAACCCUAGCUGUCAACGGGUGACGGUUAAGAGAGUCUUUGUGGAGUCGUGAGAGACAUUAGGACGCCAGCGAGCUGGAUCAUGCUCUAAGCAACCAGGAUUGGGAUCUAUGAUACACACAUCAUAUUAUCUUCAUGUAUCCUUCUUAGAUAUAUAAUUUUACUCUUUGAUUAUAAUGUUACCAUGGAAUUAGACUAUCGAAAUGGAGGAUGAACCUGUCAGAGAUACCCGUUGAUUGAUGUCAUACACAGAGUGAGUGUCUAGGAUAGGUAGACCAAGUAAUAUAUUGUAUUGAUCUAGUAACGCCUGGCCUUCUAUCCUCUUACGAGGGCG